AUGGAAGCUUGUCACUCUACAGAGCAAUCCAAUGGCACUUCAUACAGCAUCGUGGCUGUGGCCAUCAUCACCCUUGAGACUUUUGCUGGCCUGUGGAUAAAUGCUUUCAUUGUCUCUGUGCUUUGUAUUGCUUGGGUCAAAGAGAAAAGCUUAAACUCUAGUGAGAAGAUCUUGCUGCUUCUGGGAUGGUUCAGAUUUUGGUUUUUGUGUAUCUUAUGGGUACAUUCAUUUCUCUCAAUGAUUUAUCCCAACUACCUUUAUGUUCAUCCAAUACUUCAAAUAAUUGAAGGUGCAGGAAGCUUUUCAAAUUAUUCCAAUUUGUGGGUUUCUGCCAGUCUUUGUGUUUUUUACUGUAUCAAAAUUGCCAAUUUCAGGAACAGCUUCUUCAUCUACCUGAAAGUAAAAAUUGACAGGAUUGUGCCAUGGCUCGUUUUUUCUGCCCUUCUCCUUCUCUUUUCCCUCUGGAGACACAAACGCAUGAUGCAGACAAACUCCAUGAAGAAUCUCAGCAUGGAUGCCCACAUCAAAGCCAUGAAAUCUAUUCUCAGCUUCUUUAUAAUUUACAGCAUCAACUUUAUAUUUUUGAUCUUGACACUGAUUUAUUCAAUUAAUGUCCAAAAUGAAGUGUUGCUUAUUAUUGAUGCAUUUCUGCCGGCUUUUCCAGGCAUUCAUUCCCUUAUUCUGAUUUUCAGCAAUCCCAAAUUGGAAAGAAUUCUGCUAAGGAUUCUAUUCUCUGUGGAAUGCAAGGUUUGCAUGAGGUAG